CCACAUUCCAUGGUUUCCAUGGCAGCAACUGUGGUUGCUGAGCCAUCAAGAAGAGCCCCAUGAGCCACCAGCAACGACCUCCGCCACCCCUUCGGCCACCACCCCCUCUCUACUUUCCUUCCCUUUAUGACCGAACAGCGCAAACCGCCACCCUAGCUGACUGCAAUCUCUGGCGGAAGCUUUUUGUGCCAUUACGAGGGGGUGACACAGGUUCUGCUGGGCCCCAAAGACCUCCACCUGGGCUGGGGCUUCUCCCCUCUACCAAUGAUUGCUGCUGCCCAGCACCCUGGCCAGCCGGCCUGGCCCCCAUCCCGUAUGAGCCACUGCGUUUCUUCUGCUCUGCUACCGAGAGUACUCCUCAGCGUGAAACUGGGACACAGCAGCAGCAGCAGGCCGAGCGGGAGAUCUGUGAACUUGGCAUCCGCCUGAAGGAGCUGGAACUGCUGGCGCUCACUGGGGAUGGCUCAGACCCACAGCAAUAUAAGCUUCUAAAGGCACUCAAAGAUGAGAGGACUCAAGAUGUAAAGACAGGACUGACCUUGAAGAAACAUUCACCUGCAUCAUGAGAGUUAUGAAUGCCUUGACCUCACAUCAACUCUAGUGGACUAAUUAUGUAUUAUUUUUAUGAAUAUGCAUUUUUCCUACUCUGCUAAAAUAGAAAUUUAAACCUUCUUCAAUUAGCACUUCGUACUUUUGCCUAGUACUAUAUAUUCCAAAUACUGUCAAACCCAACAUUUCAUAGUUGCAGUUUUU